GUUCACAAAAUUUCUACUUUCACCUUUGAUCAAGAACAUGCAACUGACAAGGGUGCUGCAGUAUUUCAAAAAGAGACCUAAAUGGCCUGGGUUAAUGACGUCGGGCAAACAUCGAUAUCUGCCAGUCAUUACUUCAAAACAGAAAGCUAAAGCUGUCAAGUCAUUUAUCAGAGAGGAAUCCAAUGUGAAAAUUUUACAAAAUCCAUACAUUACAAAGGAGGAAGAACAUGGUGCCAUGAAAGCAUUAGGAAAACCUCAGGCCAAGUUUGAAGCUAUAAAGGAGGCCAAAAAACAAAAGGCAUGGCCUACUGAUGUAUCUAUGAAGAAAUACUUAGAACAUUUAAAUAUUACGAAAAGUUGGGAGUAGACAUUAAUUUUCACUCUAAGUAAAUGUACAUAUCUUUUUUAUAUUCAUAUACUUGUAUAACUGAAAAUGAUUGUAAUUUUUUGUGUUUGAAAAUGUGUUUGUGUUCAAUUUUAUUCAAUGUAAUAAAAUUUGAUCAAAAUCUG